AUGGACCCCCGAUACGACCAUGGCCGGUCUCUUUCGUCUGAGAACUUUGGCGAGCCUCUAAGGAUGCCUGCCACUCCAAACGCAGACCAUUCACCACAUCUAUACCCCAGUGGCAGUCACCAAACCCUCCGCAAUAGCUACGACGACUUCGCACAGACUCGAACUUCUCUUUUCGAUGACCAUCAGCAUGAUUAUGACUACGAUGCCGAAGCUCAGCAGGGAGGAUACCACGAACAGCCUUUCCAAGCCGAUCCCCAAGAUAUACCAUUGCUCACAAGGAAUUCUUCACAGCCUCAGUACUUCGAACAGCAACAUGCGGAAGAUUCUGGCAUACAUAGAGCGACCACGCCAUUUGGAGCAGAUGCUCCAUUCCAGCCUCGCGGCGAUGGGCAUUUGGUUUACGAUUGUCCUGUUCCUCCAAAGCUACUUCGAAAUAUCCCUCACGCCGAGCCACCUGCUCGAGACGAGUUCACGCAUAUGCGGUAUACAGCAGCAACGUGUGAUCCUGCAGACUUCGUGGGCGAGAACUUCACUCUUCGACCACAGCUCUUUACUCAACGUCGACGAACCGAAUUAUUCAUAGUAGUUACGAUGUAUAAUGAGGACGACGUUCUUUUUGCGAGAACGAUGACUGGCGUGUUCAAGAACAUCGAGUACAUGUGCUCUCUUAAAGGCAGACAUAAGGGAUUAUGGGACGAGAAUGGCUGGAAGAAGAUUGUGGUCUGCAUUGUUGUGGAUGGUCGUGCCAAGCUCGAUGCCCGAACUAGGGCCGUCAUGACAGCUCUAGGCGUUUACCAACACGGCGUUGCCGUCCAAGAAGUCAACAAGCAGCCUGUUACUGCUCAUAUAUACGAGUAUACCACGAAGGUUGGCAUUGAUGUUCGUAAAGGUAUUGUGGAGACGAAGCCUGGCCUCGGUCCAUCUGUCCAAAUGAUCUUCUGUCUCAAGGAGAAAAAUCAGAAGAAAAUCAAUUCCCACAGAUGGGCUCUACAAGCUUUUGGCCAAGCCCUUCAACCAUCUGUAGUCGUACUCCUUGAUGCUGGAACACGACCGGGUCCUCAAUCCAUCUACCAAUUAUGGCGUGCAUUCGAACUCGACAAGCACUGCGGUGGAGCUUGUGGAGAGAUCAAAGCUAUGCUUGGGAAAAACAAAGGGUGGGAGAAGCUGCUCAACCCCGUCGUCGCAGCGCAGAAUUUCGAGUACAAGAUGAGUAACAUCCUGGACAAGCCCAUGGAAUCUGCAUUCGGAUUUAUCUCUGUGCUUCCUGGAGCAUUCUCCGCCUACCGCUUCACUGCUCUUCAAAACGACUCUAAGGGGAAAGGUCCUCUGGAGAAGUACUUUGACGGCGAGAAGCAUCAUCUCGAUGCCGGCAUUUUCACCAAGAAUAUGUACCUCGCCGAAGAUCGUAUCCUCUGUUUCGAGCUUGUGGCCAAACGGAAGUCCAGCUGGGUGCUUACUUACGUGUGUUCGGCUCAAGGAGAAACCGAUGUCCCGGAAGAAAUGCCUGAGUUGAUCAAGCAGCGUCGACGUUGGCUCAACGGCUCCUUCUUUGCCGCAAUAUACGCUCUUGUCCACUUCUAUCAGAUCUUCCGCAGUUCGCAUUCGAUGACGAGAAAGGUCAUGUUCUUGAUUGAGUUCUUGUAUCAGCUCAUUUCCAUGAUCUUUGCUUGGUUUGCCGUUGGGAACUUUUUCUUGGUCUUCCGAAUUCUGGUCAGUGCAUUGGGAGACAAAGCUCUUCUGGGCCAUGCUGGCGAAGUUCUGUCUGUGAUUAUCGAAUGGAUCUAUCUGGGAUCAUUGGUCACAUGCUUCGUGUUAUCUCUUGGCAACACUCCUGACGGUUCUAGAAGGUUUUACAUGACAAUGGUGUACUCGUGGGGCUUGAUCAUGCUGUACCUUCUUUUCGCUUCGGUGUUCAUCACUAUCAAAUCGGUUCAGUCAGAAUUGCAUGAAAAGACAUUUACUUGGACGCAACUCUUCUCGAAUGAGCUAUUCUUUACUCUGAUUGUGUCUUUGCUCUCUACCUAUAUUCUUUGGAUUUUCAUCUCAAUCGUCUUCUUCGAUCCCUGGCACAUUCUGACUUCGUCUCUUCAAUAUCUUCUCCUUUCUCCAACGUAUACAAAUGUGAUCAAUGUAUACGCUUUCUGUAAUACUCACGACGUAACCUGGGGUACCAAGGGUGACGACAAGCCCGAGAAACUCAAGGGCGCGACAGUCACGAACGGCAAGCCUGACGAAGAAUUGAACUUCGAUGAUGGUGACCUCAACGCCCUCUACGACACGGCCCUUGAGAAAUUCGCUACCGAAGCCGAGCCUGAAGUCAAGAAAGCCAACGCCGGAGAACAGGAAUUAAAUUAUAACCGAGCGUUCAGAACCUAUGUCGUGCUUGCAUGGAUGGGCUGUAAUGCUGUACUUGUAGCAAUUGUCCUGAACGCGGGAGGUUUGCAGAGAUUGAAUGUUAAUACUACCGACGUAGGCGAUGAUGAGAGUAAUACGGUCAAGAUUUACUUGUUUGUGGUGUUGUGGAGUGUGGCUGGGUUGUCGGCUUUCAAGUUUGUGGGAGCUAUGUGGUAUAAAAUUCAUAGAAUUUUCAAGAGGUAG